AUGUAUUCCGAGUCGUUCACAUUCAAGGACAUGGUUGUUGUCGGCGCAUUAUGCGGCGUGACAACGUUGAACGUCUUUCUAUCGGGAGCUCUGACGGUUGCGUUGCCAACGAUUGGAAAGGACCUUGGCUUCAAACAGGCUGACCUCCAGUGGCCUUUGAAUGUCUUCGCUUUGUCUUAUGGAUGUCUCCUGCUUUUCUUUGGUAGAGUUGGAGACAUCGUGGGCGCGCGUACACUCUUCUUGGUUGGUUCCGCAUGGUUCUCGGCCUGGAGCAUAGCAACUGCGUUUGCUCCAAGCGCUGCGACGUUCAUCCUUUUUGUGGCCUUAAAAGGAAUGGGCGCUGCCGCCAACACACCUGCCGGAAUCGGUUUACUAUCAACUUACUUCCCUCCCGGUCCGAAACGGAGUAAAGCAUUUGGAGCGGUAGGCGCCGGUCAACCAUUGGGUUUCAUCGGCGGAUUGGUCGUGGGUGGAGUAUUGACCGACAGUCACGCUACUUGGCGUGCUAUCUUCUAUAUACAAGCUGGUCUUGGAGUCCUCUUUGUCGUACUCGGAUGGCUGGUACUCCCCCAUGCACUGGAAUCGCAGCGGUACAAAAAAGGACUCGACUGGGGAGGUGCAGUUAUCAGUACCGUCGCGGUUGGUCUGAUGACAUACAGUCUUGCAGAUUCAGGUGCGGCCACCCGAGGAUGGGCUACUCCGCAUAUUCCUGCUCUUCUGGCGACAUCUGUAGUACUGUUGGGCGUUCUGUUGUAUUACGAGAAAUGGCGUGAACAACGCGAUAUGUCGGUCCUAAUUCCUCUCAGCAUAUGGCGACAGCCAAAUGCGAAGAUGGGAAGUAUGGUCGCGGUCGCCUUCCUUGCGUGGUGGAGUUUCAACACGUUGGCCUACUUCGCAACUCUAUACUAUCAACAGGUCAAAUUCGUGGACCCCGCACAUACAUCCCUACGGUUCAUACCUAUGGUCACAUCGGGAUUCAUUGUUAAUAUUGUCACUGGAUUUCUGGUCUCUCGUCUGCCUGGUCAAGGCUUGAUCUUGGCCGGACUUGCUGCGACGAUGGUCGCAACCAUUAUAUUCAGCACAAUCGAUGUGAACGCGUCGUAUUGGGCUAGCGCGUUCCUGGUGAUGAUUUUUGUUGUGGGCGUAGACGCAGUAUACCCCGUCGGAAACCUACACCUCGUCCGCAGUUUCGAUGAAGCCUCCCAAUCGCUCGCAGGCGGUAUCUUCGCCGUUGCAACCAGACUUGGUACUUCCAUUGGUCUAGCCCUCACCAGCACCAUCGCAACCGCAGCUAGCGACAGAUACAACGCAGCCCGUCCAGACCUUCCUGCGGGCUCUCCUGAAGUCCUGAUGGUCGGCUUUAGGGCGGCUGGGUGGACUUGCUUCGCUGCGGCAGGGGUCGCGUUCUGCAUCGCGGCGUUUGGACUCAGAAACAUCGGUGUUGUUGGGAAGACCACGCUGCAGGAAGAUGAAGACGUGCUUGUGCCCACACCCACACCUGAAGGCGGAAAGCCAUAG